GAGACCAUGACAUAUUUGAUAGCGGGCCGCAGGCUAAGCCAUUCCUUCUAACUGCAACUGCUGCUCCUCUUUGUCUCCCCCGUUCCGUUCUCCACUGAACUCCUCGCCCUCGUCGACCCGUGACCCGUGAGCCUCUUCCACUGCCGCCGUCGACGAGAGCUGCGUUAGCCGCUAGGUGAUUUCGGCUGCUUCCCUCAUGGCGACCGCGCUCAAGUCGUUCUUGAACAGCCCCGUUGGCCCCAAGACCACCCACUUCUGGGGCCCUGUUGCCAACUGGGGCUUCGUCGUCGCGGGCUUGGUUGACAUGAACAAGCCUCCUGAAAUGAUAUCUGGCAACAUGACAGCAGCCAUGUGCGUGUAUUCUGGACUGUUCAUGAGGUUUGCAUGGAUGGUACAGCCCCGGAAUUAUUUGCUUCUAGCAUGCCAUGCUUCCAACGAGAGUGUUCAGCUCUAUCAGCUGUCUCGCUGGGCUAGGGCUCAGGGGUACCUGGAGAAGAAAGAGCCAGAGACACAACAGUAAAGAGGGUAUGCAACACUGCAGUGACUUGUUCCUUUAGUGACCAUGCAGUAUGCCGAGGAGAUUUCAUAUACCUAGCGCCGUUACAAGCUUCUGCUUGCUUACUUUUCUGUGCAUUUGGUUUUUACAAUGCGUUAUGCAAUGAGUUUCCCCCAAACACGCAAUGAGUUUGGGCACUAUUUUCGUUUUACCUGGCUCAUGUGCCCAUAGUGCUUUGUAAAAGACCAGUCGUUGCAAAAUUUUGGUCCGGUCCUCGGCAA